UGUGCCCAGAUCACUUUCGUAUAGCACAAGUAAAAGGAAGGAGAAAAAUGCAGAAAUAGAAAGUAUAAAAGAGGGAAUUCUAUAUUUUUCAAAGCUCUCACACACCAGGGGACUCCUUGCAAUCAAGGCGGGCGUGUGAAGCCGAGGGACACACCCACGAGGAGUGUCAUCGAUUGCAAGAGUUGGGCCUCCUUGGUGAGGGCAAAGGGAGCUGAAAAAAUCUGAGAAGGGGAGGGAAUGGGAUCAAUGGACUUUGAAAGCAACAAUUGGAUCUGGGAUGGGGUCGGCUACUACUCGCAUCUUUUCGGAGGGAUAAUGCUCACGGCUGCUGUUCUUGGGAUAUCAUCGAGCUAUUUUGGUAAAAUUGGCGUUCCUUCUUUGCCUUACCUUUGGCCACAUAUGGAGGUCUUCCAUAAGAAGAAAUACAGGAAGAAACCCAUAAGAGUUUACAUGGAUGGUUGUUUCGAUCUCAUGCACUAUGGUCACGCCAACGCGUUGAGGCAGGCGAAGGCUUUGGGGGACAUAUUGGUGGUAGGAGUUGUGAGUGAUGAGGAGAUCAUAGCCAACAAGGGUCCUCCUGUUUUGUCCAUGGAAGAGAGGCUCACACUUGUUAGUGGAUUGAAGUGGGUGGAUGAAGUCAUUACCAAUGCUCCUUAUGCAAUUACCGAGAAAUUCAUGGAUAAACUGUUCAAUGAACAUAAGAUUGACUACAUUAUACAUGGUGAUGAUCCUUGCCUGCUUCCAGAUGGAACUGAUGCUUAUGCUCUGGCAAAGAAAGCAGGCCGUUACAAGCAGAUCAAGCGUACUGAAGGUGUCUCAAGCACUGAUAUUGUAGGGAGGAUACUUUCUUCUGCGAAGGAUAUAAAAGCUGGUAAUGAAUGUUUCGACAAUACUCUGUCUGAACAUGCCAAUAACAUGAAUAACACUAAAGCUGAAGAAAGGCAAUCUGGUGGAGCCCAAAUAUCUCAUUUUCUACCUACGUCUAGGAGGAUUGUGCAAUUCUCAAAUGGAAAGGGUCCAGGACCAAAUGCUCGUGUUGUGUACAUCGAUGGUGCAUUCGAUCUGUUUCAUGCGGGACAUGUGGAGAUAUUAAAGAGUGCUAGGCAGUUUGGAGAUUUUCUCCUUGUUGGUAUUCACAGCGACGAAACUGUCAGUGAGCAUAGAGGAACUCAGUAUCCAAUCAUGGACCUUCAUGAACGUAGUCUUAGUGUGCUGGCAUGCCGAUAUGUUGAUGAAGUUAUCAUAGGCUCCCCUUGGGAAGUUACAAAGGACAUGAUAAUUACAUUCAAUAUCUCCUUGGUUGUGCAUGGGACAGUUGCUGAAAGCACCAACUUUUUAAAUGAUGAUGCUGAUCCAUAUGCAGCUCCCAAGAGCAUGGGAAUUUUUCGUAUGAUUGAAAGCCCUAAAGAUAUUACUACUUCUUCUGUUGCCAAAAGGAUAAUUGCUAAUCAUGAAGUUUACAAGAAACGCAAUGCCAAAAAGGUAGAGAGUGAAAAGAGAUACUAUGCUGAGAAGAAAUAUGUAUCCGGAGACUAAGAGUUAUGUAAAUGUUUUUAUGUGGCUGCUGAACCAACUAAAUAACCUUUCUGCAACAGUGGCUUGGUUGACAAUUCCACUGCACUUCUCCCCAUUACCAUCGUGAAGAUUACUGCUAUUGAUGAAGAUGAUGGUGUAUUGUAUUUUUUUUUUUUUUGGUUUUGUGAAGAUAGAAAACGAGUACCAUGGAGAGUUUGUUUUCCAGAACAUUAGAAGCCUCCAGGAGUGCCAUUUCUUUUCCCCUACCCACCCUAAUUUUGUUGUAAUUCUUCCCUACAAGAGUAGAAUAGGUGUUUCAUCGGACAAAACAAAACUAAUCUUGUGCUGCUGUUUGUGAUCGUUGCACCCCUUUCAUACUUGCAAGCAAGGAGGAAAUCUGAUUCUCUAGGGACAUGCAUUUGUUUUUGUGGUUUAGAGAGAAGGGAGUUCAUUGAAGUUUGUAGCACUCUGCUCUAUAGAAACACUUGAUAUUGUUGUAGCCUUUUUGAGAUUCAAGGUGAUUUUUUUAGAUAUUCAUAUUGUUGGCUUGUUA